UUCUAUUUUUGUCAGGAAAAUAUUAUAGAUAAAUAAGACUUGAAUUCUUAGCCCAUAUCCCCAAAUGGUGGCUUUCAUGUCUGGGAUUUUUGUUUUUAGCAGUUGUUCUCUUCUUAUUGUGCUGGAAGAUAGUGAGAAAACUGGCAAAGUGACAUCUGCAGGGAUGUAUUUCUUACAUUUUCAAGUGUACAGAAUGGAUUCAACCUUGAAUGCGUUGGCAAUGGCUAAGGACCCUGAAGCUGCUUUCUUCAAAAGGGUGGAAGGCCUUCAACCUUGUGAAGUCCGAGAACUAAAAGCUGGCACUCACAUAUUCGCCGUUUAUGGUGAUAACUUCUUCAAAACUGCUUCUUACUUCAUCGAGACUCUUUGUGCAAAGUCUUACGAGGAUACAACACAUAAGCUUAAGGACAUUGAGGCUCAGAUUCUAAUGAAGAGAACUGAGCUACGCCAAUUUGAGACAGAAUACAGAAAGGCAUUUGCGCGCUUUCAAGAAGUGACCAAUAGAUGCACCCAGGAAAAGCAGUCGGUUGAUGAGCUACUGAAACAGCGAGACACUAUCCACUCCUCAUUCACCGUAGUCAGGUCAGUUGUUGUCAGUGGUGGGAGCGGCACUCAUGUUAGUAAUGGAAGUAGUAGUAAAGUUCCCGGUGAGGAUUUCAAGGCUGAGAGCCCGGGGGAAGAUGGAGGGUCAGAUGGGAAGGAUAAAUCGUCCAAGAAGAAAUGGUUCAAUCUUAACCUGAAAGGAUCCGAUAAAAAAUUUGGUUAAGACUUGAAAGAGAGUGCUUAGAUAUUCAUUAUAUUGUUUGAGAACACUUGGGCCACCAGCUUGCUUGCCUGCUAGAGGUAUUACUUGUUUGAUUUAUUAUAUCUUCGUUGUGGAUUCCCUGGGGUUGUUCUUCUUAACAGUUUGUUGUAGUUGAUUUCUUCAAACAUAGUGAAAGAUGUGUGUAUCAAUAUCUGUGUUUUUUUUUUUUUUUGAAAUGAAUUGCUUGUCAAGCUCUUCAAGUUCAUGUAGCAGGUAGAACAGAUUUUUGAUACGGUGAU